GCUGACUUCUCUGUCUAUGCGCUUCACGGGCAUGCGUAGGAGUAGGGGAGACACGCAUUAGGAAAUCAUACGAAGAGUGGACUUCGGUUCAACCUGCAUUGGGUUUUCUAACUACACGUUUUAGGGACGCAACUAAAUGGUGUGAGUGACCCAGCCUGGUCCAUGAUGUCUCGAAGUGGCCACUCCAAGAGUACCAGGACAGGGUCAUCCACAGGCCAGUGUGAGCCUCCUCAGGGACCAGGCGUCCAUGUCUAUCUGUUUUGGACCAAGGGAGGGGAGCGCUAUCUGACCCACACAGAGGGUAAAGUGACAGCUGAGCUUUCCAUCUCUGCAGCACAGACUGUGGGUAUAACUCCACUGUGCCAUGUCCUGUUUUCCCUGUAUGACCCUGAAUCCCACUGCUGGUACAGUCCCAACCAUUUUUUCAACCCAGAAGAGCAGACAAGCCUGACACUCCAUUAUCGCAUGAGGUUUUACUUUCGGAACUGGCAUGGGUUGAGUGAGAAGGAGCCGUCAGUGGCGCGAUAUGCCCCACGGUCAGGGACAGAGCACGGGGGCUCACCUCUACUAGAAAUGACCUCCCUGGAAUACCUCUUCUGCCAGGCAAAGUUUGAUUUUGUGAAUGAUGUCACGCCGAUGGAGGAUGCUCAAGGAAAAGAAGAGUUGAGUAGCUUUAAGAAUGAGAGUCUGGGGAUGGCUGUGCUGCACCUCUCUCACCAGGCCCUGUGCUCAGGCUGCACGCUACAGGAAGUGGCCAAGUCUGUCAGCUUCCUGCGCUGCAUUCCGAGAUCCUUCUCCAGACACAUAGCGAGGGACAACUUCCUGACGAAGAUCCGUAUCCGGCGUGUGUUUGCUGACUUUGUGAGGACCUUCCAGGAGCACACUGUGGACGUAGGACGCCUGGGCUCCCAGGAGGUCAUGUAUAAAUACCUGUCUACUCUGGAGCACCUAGCCCCCCGCUUCGGCACCGAGACCUUCCUCACGGCCCACCUGGAGCUGAGGAAGGACGGGGGCGACGGGAGCGGCUCCUACCUCAACACCAGCCACGCUCACGGGGCCUCUGACCCUGAGAACUUUGGCCCUCAGGCCAUGCAUGAGGUCAUGGUGUCUGGUACCAAGGGGAUUCAGUGGAGGAAGAUCACAGUGCAGAAGGCCCAGGCCAACAGUUACUUUGGGAACGAUUACUUAGGGAAUCGGAAAAGUGUGAAGCAAUCGCCUCUCCAGCAAGAACCUAAAUCCUCUGACACAUGGACGUCUUUCUGCGACUUCCCUGYAAUCUCCCACAUCACCAUCACUGGAGCCAACGUCAGCAUCAUUAAACAGGACAACUUCUCUAUGGAGGUUCAAAUGAAUUCCAGCCUUGAGGCUCUGUCUUUCGUCUCCCUCCUGGACGGGUACUUCCGGCUUACUGCAGACGCACACCACUACCUGUGUCACGAGGUGGCUCCGCCCAGAGUGGUGCUCAGUGCCACCAAUGGCCUUCAUGGACCAAUGAAUGAUGACUUUGUGCUGCAGAGACUGAGGAAGGAAGCCGUGGCAGAGGGAGCCUUUCUUGUGCGCUGGAGCGUCCUCGACUACCACCGCAUCAUAUUAGCUGUUCUAAACAAGAGUCAGGAUGGACAAGCUGCAAUCCACAAGCAGUUCAGGAUCCUGCAUAGUGUUUCAGUGUUUGCUCUGGAAGGCUUGGACCGGGAGUUCUCCAGUGUCAAGGAGCUCACCGACAGCCUCAAGACCUUUGUGCUCAAGUCUGGCACGGACAAUUUCACUGUGAAGAAAUGCUGCCUACCCCGACCUGCAGAACUGUCCAACCUCUUGGUGAGGAGGCAGGGUGCGGACCAGUGUGUUCAGCCUGACUCUGUGGCCCUCUGUCUGACUCAGCUGAGGUUCCAUCAGAUCAAAGACAAGGAGAUCACCCAGGAGCAGCAUCUGGGCCGUGGGACCAGGACCAACAUCUACUCGGCAGUCUGUUGGUGUGGGGCGGAGGAGGAGGAGGAGGAUGAGGAGGACAAGUGGACAAACAAUCUUACUGAUCGCAAAGAGAUCCGAGUGGUUCUUAAGAUCUUGGACCAGAGCCACAAGGACAUAGCUUAUACCUUGUGUUUCUAAAACUACCGUUUCUCUCACCAUAAUUCACGUCUGGAAUGUGACCCUUUGUUACAAUGUUCAUGAUAAUCCUUUCCCUCUUUUCUGGUGGAGGAGUUUGUGGAGUUUGGGCCUCUGGAUGUGUUCCUGCGAAGGGAAAGGGCGCUGGUCACUCCUCAGUGGAAAUUUACUGUAGCCAAACAGCUGGCCAGUGCCCUGAGCUACCUCGAGACUAAACAACUGGUACAUGGUAACGUCUGUGCCAAAAACAUUCUGGUGGCUCGCCGUGGUCUGGAGAAGGGCUCCUUUCCCUUCGUCAAGCUGAGCGAUCCAGGCAUCGCCCUCAGCGUGCUGUCCAGAGAAGAGCGUGUCGAGCGAAUCCCAUGGAUCGCCCCGGAGUGUGUGCCAAGCGGUGCCCCAUUCGGCAGUGCUGCCGACCAGUGGAGCUUUGGAGCCACACUGCUGGAGAUCUGCAACAAUGGAGAUUUGCCCAUGAGUGGCAGCACGCUCACUGAGAAAGAGCGUUUCUACGAGACGCGGAGUCGCCUCACCGAGGCCUCGUCGCAGGAACUGGCCAGCUUCAUUAGCAUGUGUUUGACCUACGAACCCCGGGAGAGGCCGUCCUUCCGCACUGUGCUUCGAGAGCUCACUGAACUACAGAUCAAGAAUCCUGACAUAUCCCCCCUGGAGUCUCUCCCGGACGCUGACCCCAACGUUUUCCUCAAACGCUACUUGAAAAAGAUCCGGGACUUAGGAGAGGGUCACUUUGGGAAGGUGAUUCUCUAUGUGUAUGACCCAGCCAACGACGGGACAGGGGACUAUGUAGCAGUGAAGGCCCUGAAGCAUGAGGGAGGCAGCCAUCUCCGUGAAGGCUGGAUGAAGGAGAUUGAGAUCCUCAAGUCUCUUUACCACGGCAACAUAGUCAAGUACAAGGGCUGCUGCUCUGAGCUGGGAGGGCAGACGGUGCAGCUGAUUAUGGAGUUUCUACCGCUGGGCAGCCUCAGAGAGUACCUAGUCAAACACCGCCUGGGCUUGGCUCACAGCCUCCUCUUUGCACAGCAGAUCUGCCAGGGGAUGGAUUACCUGCACUCGAAGCGAUACAUCCACCGGGACUUGGCUGCCCGGAACGUACUGGUGGAGAAUGAGCAUCUGGUGAAGAUCGGGGACUUUGGCCUUACCAAAUACAUCCCAGAGGGAGAUGUUUACUACCGCGUGCGUGAGGAUGGAGACAGUCCUGUGUWCUGGUAUGCAAUUGAGUGUCUGAAGGAGAGCAAGUUUUCCUUCUCUUCAGACAUUUGGUCCUUUGGCGUGACGCUCUAUGAGGUCCUGACCCACGGUGAAUAUCGUCAGAGCCCUCCAGUGAAGUUCGUUCAGAUGAUGGGUAACGUGCAGGGUCAGAUGACGGUGAUGGUGCUGAUCAAGCUGCUGGAGAAACACAAUAGGUUGCCCUGCCCCCGAGACUGUCCUAGUGAGAUCCGCAUGUUGAUGCAGCAUUGUUGGGACUUUGACCCUGCGAGAAGGCCAUCUUUCAAAUCCCUCAUUGAGUCCAUCGAAGCGAUUCGCAAGACAUACGAACGGCAACCCAAUGUGCYGCUGGCCCAAAUUAGCCAAUGAGAACCUUACUUUUUCACAGGCCAGCUGGCCUUACUCCUGUAUACCUCAGCACUUUGCUACAUAAGUCUACUCUAGAGUCUACACCACACCCUGAACCACAGUGCCCUCUGUCUGUUCUGAAGGAGUAGACUGCUCUUUGUAUUAAUAAAUAGGAACUCAGGUUUUUAGUAAUUCUCAUCCAUUCAUUCAUAUAGAUGAGCCCUUAGUGAUGGCACCUGUUUUAUUUUGAUGUGACAGAUAUAAUUUUUUUAGGUGUGAAAUUCCCUGAAUGGCAGCUAUAGUGCUGUCUCGGGAGGAGAACCGGGUCCAGGUUCCGUGACUGAUCAAAUUAGGUUCUACCUUUUAGCCCGAGUUGGAGGAUCCCAUUCAUAUGAAAUAUUUAGUAUCCAGAACAGGAGAGGAGCUGUCAUUGCACAUGAUUUGUCACUCAUAAUGUUCACAUGAUUAAUAUAACACUUCAAUUGAGGCAUGUAUAUUACCAACAGUUUCUCUUUAUUUCUGUAUUGGUGUAAAUAUAAAACAUUUACUGAUUGUAUUGUAUCWUAUCAUGUUUUUCCUUAUGUUUGUAUGUAUUAAAUGUUUGAGUGGGCGAAUGUUGAAAAUUAAGCAUUUGUAUCCCUUGACUGUGUUUAAUAAAUUUGACCAAAGCCCAAAAAAUGCA